UUAUUCCAAAAGAGAGUUCGCGUAGUUAUAUUAUAUAUUGUGGUGAAUUGAAAUGAAUAGUUUGUGUCUGUCUGACACAUUGUGGAGGAAAAAACAAAGCAGAAAAUGGAAGGCAAUUACAGACAAGUCACAGCUAAAAACCGUACCAAAGUGCUGGGAAGAAGGGAACAACCAAAUGGAAGGUGCCCCUUAAUCAUAGUUCACAUGUGAUUAGCAAUCCUAAUCAAUACAUUUACCCUUUCCUUUCCCAUUCAUUAGCUUUGUGUUUAAUCGCCAACGUAGGCCGGCACCGCACCUCCUCUCUCUUGGUUUGUUCUCCUUCUCUUUCCUUUCCUUUUUUCUUCUCAGAAGAAUCAAUCCGUGAGAUUCCUCGGUUAGAAAACGAACAAUUUCUUGUAAGGGUGUGAAAACCUUCCUAAUAGACGUGUUCUAACACCGUAAAGUUGACGACAAAUGAUUUGAUGAUACACUGAGUAAGAUGAAGAGAGUUGAACCAAAAGAUCCAAAGUGGCAGUGGGGAAUGAAGGAAAAAGAAAAGAAUGGGGCGGAAAAUGAAGAAAGAAAGUAGAAAAGAAUAAGGAGCAGAUGAAAGUGGUAGAUGUGGGAAAUUCCUUAAGGAAGGAAUAGUUUUUGAGUAUGGCAGUUAGGUUUUGAGUAGGUUCCUCAACCAUCAUGGCCCCAUGGGGAUGAUCGCCUUCACCAAUCUCAGCCGUCAGAUUUGGGGAAGCGUAGAACUCUCACUUAAAUACACGUGCUGCUUUCUCUUCUCAUCCAUCUCUUGCAUGGAUUUCUCCUCUAAAUAUAGUCAAGCUUACACUCUAAAACAGACACACAAACUCUCACAACACAACCUUCCUUACUUCAUUUCCUUUGCUUUCUUCGUGUGCCUAUUAUUAGUAUCACAGGUUACUCAUCACACCCAAUUCCUUUAAACCUCUCUUACCUUCUUCUUUCUUCUUCAACAACUCUAAAGGGAAGGUUAGUAGAUACAGAUGUUUACUGGGUCUUCUUCUUUUCCACUUUUCAUGCUUCGGAUCUUGUUCUUGCUCCUCAAUUCUUCAAUUUCUGAGUGUUGAGAGAUCAGGAACUGCCGCAUCAAUUCGAGCUCUUGGAUUGAUUUUGUUUCUUGUAAAUGGAAGCUAAUCUAGCAUCAAGACAUGUUUGCAAGCUCUGUAAUAAGAGCUUUGCUUGUGGGAGAUCCUUGGGAGGGCAUAUGAGGUCUCAUUUGACCAAUAACUUAGUUGAUUCUGAUGAGAAACAUAGCAGAACAAGCCUUCAAUUUGCUGAUUUCAGUGCUGGAAGCGUAUCAAACAUGGAGGAGGAGGAGGUUGAUAUGGAAGGUGGAAAUCUAGCUGGGUUUGGUUAUGGUCUUAGAAAGAAUCCCAAAAAGACUCAGAAACUUGAGUUUUUAAGUGAAGAAUCUUCACUCCAAGACAAGUUCUGCAGGGAAUGUGGUAAAGGGUUUCAAUCAUGGAAGGCUCUGUUUGGUCACAUGAAAUGCCAUUCUGAAAGAGUUGUUUCCAGUAGUGAAGAGCUGGAAGAACCAGAUUCCCAUAUCACUGAUGCUAAACAGAAGCUGGUGAUGGAUAUCCAAUCUGAUAAUGAAACUGAAGCUCCUAAAAACAAGAGAAAGAGAUCAAGAAGAAGAAGAACAGCCCAAAUGGGCACGGAAAAUUCAAUAACUUCCUUCUCUUUUGCCACUGAUUCCUCUGUUUUUGAAAUCCAGCAAGAACAAGAAGUUGCCAUCUCCUUGAUGUUGCUUUCCAUGGACGUGGGGAAGUGGGUUGGUUUCAAUUCUCCAGUUGAGUCCUCAGAUAACAAUUCAAAGUUUCUUGAUACCCCAUCUGCCGUUGAGAGCAAAACCUCUGUUUCCAAUAAACUCAAGGUGAAGAAAAUGGAGUCUGAAGUGAAGAAACCAGAGCAAAGUUCUUCUGCGUUUAUGAACAAGGGAAAGAUGAUAGAUCAAAGAAGUGGAUCUAAAUCUUUCCCCCAAAAAAAUGACCAAAACCAAGCUAGAUUCAGCUCUGAUAUGAUCGCAAAAUCCGGAAAUAAGACAUUAGCAGAGUUUUGGGAUUCAAAAAUCUGCAAGAAACCCAAAAAGAGAAGCAAAUUUGAGUGUGAUAUUUGCAAUAAGAUCUUCCACUCAUAUCAAGCACUUGGUGGGCAUAGAGCAAGCCACAAGAAGCUAAAGGGUUGUUUCGUUGAGUCAGCCAUGGAAGACGAAGAAGAAGAAAUUGACAGCGAGAGCAGUGCAGAAAUGGCGAUUUCUGCAUACCCAACAGCCGAAAGCAAGCUUUCGAAAGGCCUCAACAAUGGCGAAAUGGGUUAUCAGAUUCCAAAAAAGAGCAGCAAACACAAGUGCCCAAUUUGCGAGAAAGUGUUCGCAUCAGGUCAAGCACUUGGUGGGCAUAAAAGAUCUCAUUUGAUCAGUGGAUCAGAGGCUAAAAACAGAGCAACAAUUCAAAUCCAAAAACAAGUCCCAGAAAUCAGGAGGUUUUUGGACCUGAAUCUUCCUCCUGAACCAGUCGAAAUAGAUAACAAGAACCACAAUUUAGCAUCAUUAAAGCACCCAUGGUGGGCUGCAGCUAAUGAACACAAGCACGAGGCUCUUGUGAAUGUGGGAUUUCAUAUCUAAAUUGAGAGAGACUUAAGAGAUUGUAUAGUGAUCAAUACUUUCUGGGUAUCAUUUCAUUUCAUUAAUUCUUUUCAUUUUGGUUGAAGAUCUUGUUCUUGUUCUUCCUGUUCUUCCUGUUCUUCCUGUUCUUCUUGUUCUUGUGGUAUAAUAAAAAAGGUAAUUGGGUCUCUGAUCUCA